AUGUUAGAAAAAAAGUUUGCUGACAUUGACAAAAAAUUUGAGAAUGUUUUAAACAAGAACAAGAGGAAGUUGGAAAAUGCUCAGAUAAAACCCAUACAUGACAAGUUCUUAUUUGCUCAGAAUGGUAUAACAGGUCUAAUUGCACCACCUGGGUCGGGUAAGACUUUCACUUAUCUUAAAAUGGCUGCACAACAACAAGAACUAGAUGAGAAGAACCCAUUCUAUGAGUUAGUAGUCAUUUGUAGUACUUCGGGUCAAUUUGACCAAACCAUCAAUUCGUUCAAAGAUAUUAUAAAAAAGUCUAAGUUAGUAUGUAUAAAAGACUCUGAGUUGUUAGAUUGGAUAAAGAAGUACCAAAGAAGAGUUUUGAAGUACAAUGCUAUAAAUGAGUAUAUAAAUUCUAAGUUUAAAGACCCAAAUGAGGAAAUGCAGAGAAUAUUAGAGAAGAAACACUUCAGAAACAAACAGAAAGAGAUAGAAUACAUUUCGAAGAAAUUGCAAUCUUACGAUUGGAAGACUUACCCUC